AUGGGAAGGCAACCUUGUUGUGACAAGCUUGGUGUGAAGAAAGGGCCAUGGACUGCUGAGGAGGACAAGAAAUUGGUGAAUUUUCUCCUCGCACAUGGCCAAUGCUGUUGGCGUGCAGUCCCCAAGCUCGCCGGCCUCAGGCGCUGCGGCAAGAGCUGCCGCCUCCGGUGGACUAACUACCUCCGGCCUGACUUGAAAAGAGGCCUCCUUAAUGAAGCUGAGGAGCAACUUGUCAUUGACCUCCAUUCCCGUCUUGGCAAUAGGUGGUCUAAAAUUGCAGCAGGAUUGCCUGGAAGAACUGACAAUGAGAUCAAGAACCACUGGAACACACACAUCAAGAAGAAGCUUAUCAAGAUGGGCAUUGAUCCAAUCACCCAUGAACCUCUCCGCAAGCAAGUUACUCCACCAGAAAUGCCUUGUAAACCAAACAAUCCACCUGCAGAUUUAGACAUGAAUCAGCAGAACGUGAAUAUCCCAGAACAUGGACUCUCUUCUGCAGCUGAAAGUUCCUCAAGCAAUGAAUCCCAGCCAUUGGAGCCUAACCUAAAGAGUGAAGAUGACCCGUUGAUGAGCUACAUAUUAUCCGAUACAUUCCUGGAAGAUUUGACAUGGGAUUUUUCAGCCUCAUCAGAAGAUAGCUCGGCAGCUGAUAAUCCGGCGGAGGAUAAUAGCUUAGCAUGGCUCUUGGACUGCAAGGAUUUUGGAGUUGAAGAUUUCGAGCUCGGGUGUAUCAAUUAGUGACUGACACACGGUCAUAUAUUUUCAGUACCAGAACCCACAAAAAAGUUACCAA